AACGGCCCAGAAGCUCCUCUCCAUGUGCCUCUUCUGCCGACAAUCUGUAUAAAAAACAAAACACAACCCGUCUGCUGCCAUUUAUCCUCCAAACAUCUUUCGAUUGGUCUUUUUGAUACCCUUGCUGUGGAUAAUUCUUUUCUCUGUUCGCUUUCUCUGCUACCUCUACAGUUUCACAACUCCAUCCCACAAUGCCCGAGGCUCAGCUUAGAACCGCCAGGCGGCUCGGCCAGUUGGCCAGCCAAAUGAAGUCGGCUCGCCACUUCUCAACCGGCGCUGUCAUGAGAAAGGAAAUCCAGGAGGCAUACAUUCUGAGUGCUGCGCGAACACCGACAGCAAAGUUCAACGGCUCAUUUACCACCGUGCCGGCUCCCCAACUCGGCGCCGCCGCCAUCAAGGCCGCGCUCGAAAAGUCAAAGGUCCCGAUAGAGAAGAUCUCCGAUGUGUACAUGGGUAAUGUCCUUGGAGGAGGCAUGGGCCAGGCGCCCGCCCGACAGGCUGCCAUCUUCGCUGGCCUCCCUACCUCCAUCGAGGCCAUCACCAUCAACAAGGUGUGCUCUUCUGGUCUCAAGGCCGUCGCCUUUGCGGCGCAAAACAUUCAGCUGGGUCUGGCCGAGGCCCAGAUCGCCGGUGGCAUGGAGAGCAUGACCCGAGUCCCAUACUAUCUUCCUCGUGCCAGUGGCCUGCCUGCCUUUGGCAAUGUUACAUUCGAGGACGGCCUGAUCAAGGAUGGUCUGACCGAUGUGUACAACAAGUUCCACAUGGGCAACUGCGCAGAGAACACGGCCAAGACUCACAACAUCACGCGAGAGCAGCAGGAUGAGUUUGCCAUCCAGUCAUACAAGAACGCCCAAAAGGCCUGGGCCGAGAAGGCGUUUGCCGAGGAGAUUACCCCCGUGACCGUCAAAAACAAGAAGGGAGAAGUCAUCAUUGAGGCGGACGAGGGCUACCUCGACGUCAAGAUUGAGAAGGUCCCAACCUUGAAGCCCGCAUUCGUUCGCGAUGGAACUGGCACGGUUACCGCUGCCAACUCGUCGACUCUCAACGACGGUGCCAGCGCUCUGGUCCUGGGUAACAAGGCUAUUGCACAGCAGUACGGAUCCGGCUCUCGAGUCCUGGCCAGGAUCGUCUCCCACGCUGACGCUGCGGUGGACCCCAUUGACUUCCCUGUCGCUCCUGCCAAGGCCAUCCCCAUCGCCCUGGAGCGUGCUGGCAUCACCAAGGAUCAGGUCGCCGUUUGGGAGAUCAACGAGGCUUUUGCAGGCGUUGUUCUGGCCAACAAGAAGAUUCUCGGCAUCGAGAACGCCCGCGUCAACCCUCUUGGAGGCGGUAUCUCCCUUGGCCACGCCCUGGGCAGCUCCGGAUCACGAAUCCUCACAACUUUGCUGCACCAGCUGAAGCCUGGUGAGUAUGGUGUUGCAGCCAUUUGCAACGGAGGAGGUGCUGCCACAGCCAUGGUUGUGCAGCGAAUUGAAUCCGUCUAAACAAAGAAAAAAAAAGGGGGGGGUAUGAAGCAAGAAAAAAAAGAGUUAGCACAAACACGUAUAUACUUUGAAAAGAAGGGAAUAUGUAGCUAGCAUGUAUAUUUGGUUAGCAAGGGCCAUGUAAUUUUUAGAGUAAUGAAGCAUGAAUUCGUUC